UUGUUUUUUUUUAUCCGUAGCAUAAAACAGUGCAUGUUGCCGUGAUGUAUGGUUCUGUUUCAAAUGCUUUCCUCGUCCUCAUACUUGGUAGAAUGGACUUUCUGUUGCACUUGCCAAGAACAUUACUUGAUAAGAAUCCAAGAACGUUCUAGCGUACUUGAGCAAGGUUUCUCCCAGUACUUUAUGAGGCUUGGUCACCUGUUAGGCUAAACAUAAAAGUAACUCAUGAGGUUAAAAUAUAGGAAGCCAAACUGUAGUUUUUCAUAGGAUUGAGAGGAGAUGCAGGGAGAUUAAAGACAGGAAAAUAUUCAAAUAAAAAGCAAAAAAAUAAAACAAAGUGUUUGAAAAGGAAAAUGUAGGUUUGUCCCACCACACGUUUUUCAUUUUCUGAAGCAAUAAUUUAUAAGCAUGUAAUAUUUAUAUAUUUUAUACAACUCGGAUCACCUUCAAAACUCAGUGCCAUUUCAAGGCAUUUUGGGGGCCACGUAAAGAAUAAAGCACCCCCGCCCCCCUUGGGCUCCCCCAGAAGCCUUUGUGUAAUUCAUGCCCUGGGCAGAUGUAUUUGUAUAGUGUUCUUCUUACAGAGGCAAUUGGUAAAUUGACUAUUUUCAACCCCAAGGCACAUUAUAACACAAAUAGUCAUUAAUCCAUUCACACACACAUUUACAUGCUGGUGAUGAUGAGCUCCAAUGAAGCCACAGCUGCCUUACACUGACGGCGCUAGGCACAGUGUUUAGCCCAAGGACACAACAGUAGAAAUCUCUGACAGAAUUCAAUUAGCUUUUCAGGUGCAUCAAAAAUCUGUUUCUGCAAUUAAAAUACACAACGCACAUUUUUUACUAAACCGAUCAAAACAAUAGAGUUUUGCUGGUAAAUCGGUUUAUAAGCACAAUUUGCCUCCUUCACUCACUCCCCUCCCAGUCCUAUAACUCCGCUUUAUCAGGUCUCUCCUCAGUCGCGGUAACGGCACAGACGCGCGUGCAGCUUUAACGGGGAAGCGGCACGGGAUCUUCCCCGCCAUUUCCUCGUGCCGAGCCCUGGAAUGUCGAAUGGUGGCUCAGGCUCUUCCUCACGGAAGGAGUUUGAUGUGAAACAAAUCCUCAGGAUCCGAUGGAGGUGGUUCGGUCACCCCGCGGUUCCUCCGCCUCACUCCCCGCCAGUAGCUGACUACUUCAGCGCGAGGGGAACGGGAGUCAGCUCCGCGGACGGACCCUCCGUUAGCGGUAACUUCCAUCCAGCCAGGGUGAGCCCAGGCGGACUGGUGGCCAGCGGCAGCGCUGGCUCGAACCUGUGUAACGGCAGCGGCAGCUACCGAAAGUUUGCUGAUCCGGUGGAGAGUCGGGGCGGUCCAGGAGGAGCGGCGGUCGGAGCCACGGGGAACUCCUGUACCCGCUCCAUCAGCCAGCCCGAGUGCAGAAGCUCCACCGCGGCGCUCUCCUGGGUCUCCCCGCCGUCUCGGCGUCGUUCUCGUCCAUUGACGAACAUGGAGCCCCCCGCCGAGGCCGCGGUGCCCCAGCUGGUGGCGGAGCCCUCGGCGCACGCCGGGAUCGAGGAGGAGGUGGAGGCGGCGGGUACCGAGGACAGCAACCACCCGGAAACAGACUCCAGCUCCUGCAGGUAGGAGGAAAAAGGGUCAUCAUGAGUUUUCAGCUGGAAGUCACCAACCUUAGCAACACUGUUCAGACUGCUCUUGAAACUUUCUUGAAAAGUUUUAACAAGCAGAUCAGCUGUGUUGCACCACUCCAUCAGCAUGAUCUGAUGCAGGCACGCGGCAAGUAAGGAUAGACUGAUACCUUCCAUCUCCACACCCUCAAAAAGAAAGAGUAAAUAUGAAUUUAUUCAAGAGGUGAGUUAUUACAUCAUGCGUAUCUCACAGGAUGCAGCACCUGAAGUGAUUUCUGUUUCCUCGGGUUUGCCUGAAGCAUAUCUGUGCACAUGCCGUCUGGAGUUAAAGGAGGACAACAUUGAGUCUCUGUCCGCCUCCUGCCUGCUGCAGUUGUCAUCGGUGGUCCAAGCCUGCUGCUCCUUCCUGGUGAAGCAGCUCCACCCCUCUAACUGUUUAGGGAUUUGCUCCUAUGCUGAUGCUCAGGGCUGCCAUGACCUGCAGAGGGCUGCUAACACCUACACCAUGGAACAUUUCCUGGAGGUAGUUGGAAGCCAGGAGUUUGUUUUACUACCAGUAGAGGAGAUGGAACGGCUGCUGACAUCUGAUGACAUCAACGUGCCUGAUGAAGAAACCGUAGUGACCUCUCUGCUAAGUUGGGUCGGUCACGACCCCCUCACUCGACAGCGCCACCUGUCCUCGCUGCUGUCUCACAUCAGGCUACCCCUGCUGCAACCACAGUUCUUGGUGGAUCUAGAGUCCAACCCCUUCCUCCGUGACAGUGUGGAGUGUCAGCGACUCCUGAUGGAGGGGAUGAAAUAUCAUCUUCUACCCCAGCGGCGUCCUCUGCUUCAGAGUCCUCGCACCCGGCCCCGCAAGGCCACAGUAGGGGCCAUGUUUGCUGUGGGGGGUAUGGACGCCUCAAAAGGAGCCACAAGUAUCGAGCAAUAUUGUCUGCGUCGGGACGCGUGGAAGCAGGUCGCCACCAUGAGCGGACGGAGACUACAGUUUGGUGUUGCCGUCCUUGACGAUCGUCUUUAUGUGGUCGGAGGCAGAGAUGGACUCAAGACACUCAACACUGUGGAGUGUUAUAAUCCACACAACAAAACAUGGAGCGUCAUGCCUCCCAUGUCCACACACCGGCACGGCUUAGGUGUGGCCGUCCUAGAGGGACCCAUGUAUGCAGUGGGAGGACAUGAUGGCUGGAGCUACCUCAGUACGGUGGAAAGGUGGGACCCCCAUGCUCGCCAGUGGAGCUUUGUAGCGAGCAUGGCUACACCCAGAAGCACAGUGGGUGUAGCUGUCCUCAACAGGAAGUUGUAUGCUGUAGGAGGUCGUGACGGCUCAUCCUGCCUGCGCUCGGUGGAGUGCUUCGACCCCCACACAAACAGAUGGGCUAGUUGUGCUCCCAUGGCAAAAAGGCGAGGAGGUGUGGGCGUGGCCACGUGGCAUGGCUUCCUGUACGCCAUCGGGGGUCAUGAUGCUCCGGCGUCCUCUCUGGCAUCUCGGCUAAGUGACUGUGUGGAAAGAUAUGACCCGCAGACAGAUGUGUGGACCGCAGUCGCCCCUAUGAGCAUCAGCAGAGAUGCUGUUGGUGUUUGUCUCCUUGGCGACCGUCUCUAUGCUGUGGGCGGCUAUGAUGGACAGGUGUACCUCAGUACUGUAGAGGCUUAUGACCCUCAGACGAAUGAGUGGACACAGGUCGCUCCCCUGUGCCUCGGCAGGGCCGGUGCUUGUGUGGUCGCCGUCAGACUGUGAGAACAAGAACACACACACGAUGACAUUCUAACUGAACAUGAUGCAGCUCAGAGGACGUCCACCAGGUGAAACAGAUGCCUUCACCGGGGUGACGGCCGGAUCAGUGGGGUCUUCAGGUGCGGGUCGGGUCGGGUCUCUGUCUGGGUUUACAUCCUGGUAACUUCCACUGCAGGAAGAAUCUGAAACCGCCGAAGAGGAAUCAGCAGUGCUUAUCUGUAGAGGACACACACACACACUCACACACACACACACACACACACACACACUAUAAAACCCACAAAAAUGCUCUCUUCUGGUUUCUGCUGACAGAUAAGUGAGACGAGGAGAUUUUUAAGACUCUCAUCAUUUUCAGCUCCCAUCUUUCCCGAACACACUUUCAUGGAUGCUAUUUUAACACACACCCUGUUUUUAUUUGAUAUUUUGCUGCUGUUGGCGAGUACACCGCUGUUUUGCUUUGCCAUUGCUGCCCGCUGACAGAUGAAAGCAAGGCUUUUGACAUAAUCAGCACAGCCUCGUAAACAGCUAUUCUGUAUGAGGUUUUAUUCCCGUCUGAAACACUUUCUGCUCCAUCUGAUACGUCUUCACACGUCUUUCAUGUUGCAUCAGCAACAUCUAAAGCCUCUGCAAAUGGGGGCGUGCAAUUUUUUGUCAUUUGUUUCCAUGUGCAGUUUGACCCCCCCUCCCUACACACACACACACCAAGUGGUUGAUGGUUAUUAUGCAGCGUUAAUAGUUUUACAGCCAGAGCAAUAACACCAACAGAGUGGUCCUGUGUUGAUCCCUGCAGGAAGAAUUUGUUUUCAAUUUCCAGCCCAGAGCACAAGGUCAGCUGUUUACUGGCUCAGGAUUUUAAACAGGGUCCACUCAGCUUUUCCAUCUACCAGCCUCCUUGAUUUUCCUCCGCUGUAGCUGCUCAGUGUGUGUGUGUACGGGUGUUGGCUGUUUGGAGAUUGCCCAAGAAUAUAUUUUUAUCUCAAAUGAGAAUCUUCCUUCUGUUCCUCUCUCCUCCAUCCUCUAUUCCCUGCUGUUCCCUGACACACACACACACACACACACACACACACACACACACACACACACACACACAGCUUCAUUUUAAAGCAGGAUUUGAUUCCCAGGCAAAAAAAAACCUAAAAGCAGACAAUAUAAUGAGACUCUGACUGUAAUGAUCUCACCAGUGGCAGCGUUUUGUUUGAUGUCACGUUCAAAGUGCUCAGAUGUGAUGCUGCUGAAGACAAAAGCAUCUAACCUGAAGGAGGAGGAUGAAUCUGCUGGAACACACUCGUGCAGUCGUGCUGGUGGGCUGUGACAAGAAGCAGGAGCAGUACAGACACUUCCUGUAAGACACCAUCAGUGUAGUUCAUGUCUGAUACAAAGAAGGAAAUGUGAUGAAAUCUGAGCUAGAUGCACUUUACACACACACACACACCUGACAGCUGAAGAGUCCCAGUAGCCAGCAGAGAUUGAAAGACCACCCUAAUUUGCCAGCAGGAGGUCUAAAAAGCUGCCGAGGUCAGAUCAGGAUGUUAACCAAACGCAUGGCUGCAUUACCCCAUCUUUCUCCCCUUCCAACCUGCUGGUUAUUUACAGGAAUUCUCUUCAGAUCCCACAAGCGUGUCCUCUCCGCCAUGUUGUCAUGUUGUUUUAGGCUGAGGUGAACAGAUAAAAACAUUCCAAACGGGGUUCUCUGUAGACUGUAUAUUAUGUAAAGGAGUAAAUCUGUUGUUGCGUUCUGUUGUGUGUAAUUCACACUAAACCUUCCGUGUAGUGUGUUUGCUUUUGUACCAUGAAUACAGAUGAAGUGUAAAUAAAGACUCGCUGCUACGGCU